AUGGGCGAGGAGCAGAGCACGGUGAGCGGCGGCGACCGGCCCCAGGAGUCGCGGGCCCUGGCCGGUGGCACCGCGGGCCACCCCGAGCCCGCGAGGCCGCGGGGGGACAGCGCCGGGGCGCCCGGGCCGCACGCUGCCUCAGCCGAGUCGAGCGGCGGUGGCUGCGGAAGCAACUCGGGCUGCGCGGACACGAGCACCCCGGAGCCCGCCAGGAGCUGGGGGACCCCGGCCUGGAGGAGGAGCCAAGCACCGGGGCUGUCCGCGGGACUGGCACUCAACGGGCCUCUCAACCCCCAGACUUUGCAACUGCAGCUGGAGCAAGAGGAGGAGGAGGAGGAAGCUGGGGACCGAAAAGAGGGAGGGGAUGAACAGCAGGAGGCGCCCCCCGGCGAGGAGCUGGAGCCCAGGACCCGCGACGGGGCUCCCAAUGGACUGGUCCUGGACGUGCUAGGUCAGCAGCGCCCGCUCCCCGCCAAGAGACAAGUCUUCUGCUCCGUGUACUGCGUGGAGAGCGACCUACCCAAGGCCCCCGCCGGGGAGCAGCGCUCGCCGCCCGCGUCGCCAGGUCGGGCUCCGCCGGUGCCCAACCCUCCUAGCACCCCUUCUUCCUUCCCCAGUCCCCGGCUGUCCCUCCCAUCGGACCCCCUCUCCCCCGACGGCGGCAGCAUCGAGCUGGAGUUCUACCUGGCGCCAGAGCCAUUCUCCAUGCCCAGCCUGUUGGGAGCUCCACCCUACUCUGGCCUGGGUGGGGUAGGGGAUCCUUAUGCGCCCCUCAUGGUGCUGAUGUGCCGGGUGUGCCUGGAAGACAAGCCCAUCAAGCCCCUGCCCUGCUGCAAGAAGGCCGUGUGCGAUGAGUGCCUCAAAGUUUACCUGAGUUCCCAGGUACAACUUGGCCAAGUAGAAAUCAAAUGCCCUAUCACAGAGUGUUUUGAAUUCUUGGAAGAAACAACUGUUGUCUAUAACUUAACACAUGAAGACUCCAUCAAGUAUAAGUACUUCUUGGAACUUGGCCGUAUUGAUUCCAGCACCAAGCCAUGUCCUCAGUGCAAGCACUUUACAACCUUCAAGAAAAAAGGACAUAUUCCCACCCCUUCCAGAUCAGAAAGCAAAUACAAAAUCCAGUGCCCCACUUGCCAAUUUGUCUGGUGUUUUAAGUGCCACUCUCCUUGGCAUGAAGGUGUUAACUGCAAGGAAUACAAAAAAGGAGACAAAUUGUUGCGUCACUGGGCCAGCGAAAUCGAGCAUGGGCAGAGGAAUGCCCAGAAGUGUCCAAAGUGCAAGAUCCACAUCCAGAGAACUGAAGGAUGUGACCAUAUGACGUGCUCCCAAUGUAACACUAAUUUUUGUUAUCGAUGUGGGGAGAGAUACCGCCAGCUCCGUUUCUUUGGAGACCACACAUCAAACCUCAGUAUAUUUGGAUGCAAAUAUCGCUACCUCCCAGAGAGACCUCAUUUAAGGAGAUUGGUGCGAGGGUCGGUCUGUGCUGGAAAAUUAUUCAUUGCACCUCUAAUCCUGGUCUUGGGAUUAGCGCUAGGGGCCAUAGCAGUUGUAAUCGGUUUGUUUGUAUUUCCUAUCUACUGCCUUUGUAAAAAACAGAGAAAACGAUCACGGACAGGUAUGCACUGGUAAAAUGCAGAUGAUGUCAUCUAACUAAGCUGGUCGGAGUAGGAGCUGUACAGAAUGGUACCCCCAUCAGUGAGUCACGUCUUGAAAAACACAGAGAGGAACUUUCUACCGUCUCUUCUCCCCGUGAUUCUCCGCAGGGCCACAAUGCCUCUAGCUACGGUGCACUCCCAACCUGGUAUCCUGUCCUUUCUCUAAACAAAUUGCUGCUUUUCAAAAAUGGUCACUUUCAUAAACUAUAAACAUCUGUAUCAUAACUCUGACCUUCGUGGUUCUUGGAAGAAAAUAUUUUAAUUCAGAACCAGUUAUCCUCAGAAUUGUUCUGAGCACGCCUCUCCUGAGCAUUGCUUGGACUGUCUGAACCCUGAACCCCUCCCUCCCAGCUGUCUUGUGAGACUUCGUGUGAAUAGCUGAGGUCCUAUCUGUACCAACAAGCAAGGCCACUUUUCAGAAGAUAAGAGUUCACCAAAUACACCUGUUUUCAUCUGUGGCCCAAGCACUGUAAUUCCUUUAUUCUUCAGAUGCUAUAAUUGCUCAAAAUCUCAAUGUCCAAAAGGGAACUAAUGAAACUGAAUUAAUGAAAAGAAUCCUGAGUUACUGAGGUGUAUAUGUGUAGGGGCGUGAAUGUGUGUGUAUAUAAAUAUAUAUUAAAACUAGGCCCAUUAACCUUGUAUUUAUCUAGUUCCAUGCCUUUACACUAUUUUUCCACACUUUCAUAGACCUAUUUAAAGAUGAUGGUUCCUUUGUGGGCAUAAUUUGAUAAUGUAUUGAAUUAAAAUCAAUGUAGACAACAGGCUAUUUCGAU